AUGGCUGCAUCUACACCUUCCCACAAUGUCGAUACUAUGACAAGCAAGGAUUAUUAUUUUGAUUCAUAUGCUCACUUUGGUAUUCACGAGGAAAUGUUAAAGGAUGAAGUCCGUACAUUAGCUUAUCGUAAUUCAAUCUACAACAACAAGCAUCUGUUCAAAGAUAAGAUUGUUCUUGAUGUUGGCUGUGGCACUGGUAUCCUUUCUAUGUUUGCUGCCAAGGCUGGAGCUAAGCAUGUUUACGGUAUCGACAUGUCCAAUAUCAUUCAUCAAGCUCGUGUGAUUGUGAAAGACAAUCAUUUAGAUGACAAGGUUACACUUAUCCAAGGUAAAAUGGAGGAAGUUGUUUUGCCUGUUGAUAAGGUAGACAUUAUUAUUUCUGAAUGGAUGGGAUACUUUUUAUUAUACGAGUCUAUGCUUGACACUGUUCUUGUUGCUAGAGACAAGUAUUUGGCACCCGGAGGAAUGAUCUUCCCUGAUAAAGCCACCAUGUACAUUGCAGCCAUUGAAGAUGGUGACUAUAAGGAAGAAAAGAUUCAUUAUUGGGACAACGUUUAUGGCUUUGACUACUCCUCUAUCAAAAAUCUUGCCUUAAAGGAACCUCUUGUGGACGUGGUUGAUGCCCGCAACGUGAUCUCCACAGCCUGUCCGUUCAAAGAGAUCGACAUUGCCACAGUCACCAAAGCCGAUUUGACAUUCAAGGCACCCUUCAAGAUUACAGCCACACGUGAUGACUACGCUCAUGCCUUCCUUGCCUGGUUCGAUAUCGGAUUCACUCACUGCCACAAGCCCGUGAACUUUUCUACAGGUCCACAUGCCAAAUACACACAUUGGAAGCAAACCGUCUUUUACACACCCGAGACAUUGACCUUGAAGGAAGGCGAGAGUAUCGAAGGUGAAGUGAGCUGUGCACCUAAUCAAACAAACCCUAGAGAUCUUGAUAUCAUCAUUGACUUCAAAUUAGACGGUCAACAUGGUACUAUUCAAGACAAGUGUGAAUAUAAAAUGCAUUAA